AUGGCUGGCGGAAUUACCGUGCGCGACGUCGAUGCGCAAAAGUUCAUCAACUCGUAUGCUGCGUUCUUGAAGCGCCAGGGCAAGCUGCCCAUUCCUGGCUGGGUCGACACGGUCAAGACCGGCCCGGCCAAGGAGCUGCCCCCCCAGAACAUCGACUGGUUCUACGUGCGCGCCGCCUCGGUCGCCCGCCACGUCUAUCUCCGCAAGACGGUCGGCGUGGGCCGCCUGCGCAAGGUCCACGGCACGGCCAAGAACCGCGGCAGCCGGCCCUCGCGCCACGUCGACGCCUCCGGCUCCGUCGACCGCAAGAUCAUGCAGGCCCUCGAGAAGAUUGGCGUGCUGGAGCAGGACGAGGAGAAGGGCGGGCGCCGCAUCACCCAGUCGGGCCAGCGGGAUCUGGACCGCAUCGCCCAGACGACCGCCGAGGCGGACGAGGAGGACGAAGACGACGAGUAG